AUGGUCCGCCAACUCAAACACCACGAGAAAAAACUCCUCCGCAAAGUCGAUUUCAUCAACUACAAAUCCGACGGCGGCCACCGCGAGCACCAGAUUCGCGCGCGCUACCACCUGCAGAACGACACGGACUACAAGUCGUACAAUGCGCUGUGCGGCUCCCUGCGGCAGCUCGCGCACAAGCUCUCACAGCUGGACCCGGACUCGGACCCCGUGCGCAAGAAGCUCGAGUCCGAGGUGCUGGAUAAGCUGUGGCGGAUGGGGAUUCUGAAGCAGAGCCGCGAGCAAGGGGCGGGCCUAUCGCGCGUGGAACGCGAGGUCACGGUCUCGGCGUUUUGUAGGCGGCGGUUGGCCGUGGUGAUGGUGAGGACGGGGAUGGUGGAGACGAUUAAGGCGGCCGUGACGUAUAUCGAGCAGGGACAUGUGCGCUGUGGCCCAGAGGUUGUUACGGACCCGGCGUACCUGGUGACGCGCAACAUGGAGGACCAUAUCACCUGGGUCGAUAGUAGCAAGAUCAAGCGCAGUAUCAUGCGCUACCGGGAUAACCUGGAUGAUUUCGAUCUGCUGUGA